AUGGCCGCCGUGGCCGUGCUCCGGAACGACUCACUGCAGGCCUUCCUCCAGGACCGCACCCCCAGCGCCUCCCCGGAGCUGGGCAAACACUCGCCCUUAGCGCUGCUGGCUGCCACCUGUAGCCGGAUCGGCCAGCCGGGCGCGGUGGCGCCCCCGGACUUUCUGCAGGUGCCCUACGACCCCGCGCUGGGCUCACCUUCCAGGCUCUUCCACCCGUGGACCUCCGACAUGCCGGCACACUCGCCCAGCGCUCUGCCUCCCCCGCACCCCAGCCUGGGUCUUACGCCGCAGAAGACGCACCUGCAGCCAUCUUUCGGGGCUGCCCACGAGCUACCGCUGACACCCCCGGCCGACCCCUCCUAUCCGUAUGAGUUCUCGCCGGUCAAGAUGUUGCCCUCGAGCAUGGCCGCUCUGCCCGCCAGCUGCGCGCCGGCCUACGUGCCCUACGCAGCCCAGGCCGCGCUGCCGCCGGGCUAUUCCAACCUGCUGCCGCCGCCGCCGCCGCCGCCGCCCCCGCAGCCCACCUGUCGUCAGUUGUCUCCUAACCCCGGCCCCGACGAUCUCCCGUGGUGGAGCAUCCCGCAGGCGGGCGCGGGACCGGGAUCGUCCGGGGUUCCAGGUGGGGGUCUCCCCGGCGCCUGUACCGGGGGCCCCCACGCACCUCGCUACCCUGCUUCCGCCGCCGCCGCUGCAGCAGCAGCCGCAGCAGCCGCUGCCCUGCAACGAGGCCUGGUUUUGGGCCCGUCGGACUUUGCGCAGUACCAGAGCCAGAUCGCGGCUCUUUUGCAGACCAAGGCCCCCCUGGCGGCCACGGCCAGGAGGUGCCGUCGCUGCCGUUGCCCCAACUGCCAGGCUGCGAGCGGUGCGCCCGAGGCGGAACCCGGCAAGAAGAAGCAGCACGUAUGCCACGUGCCGGGCUGCGGCAAGGUGUACGGCAAGACCUCGCACCUGAAGGCGCACCUGCGCUGGCACACGGGCGAGCGGCCGUUCGUGUGCAACUGGCUCUUCUGCGGCAAGAGUUUCACGCGCUCGGACGAGCUGCAGCGGCACCUGCGGACUCACACCGGCGAGAAGCGCUUCGCGUGUCCAGAGUGCGGCAAGCGCUUCAUGCGCAGCGACCACCUUGCCAAGCACGUUAAGACGCAUCAGAAUAAGAAGCUCAGGGUGGCAGAGGCUGGGGUCAAACGGGAGGACCCACGAGAUCUGUGAGCCCACCAGGGACCGCCCGACCCCGAGGCCUCAUCUGCCUUGGACUCUGUUCCCAGAACCUCGGUGGGGGCCUGGGCUGCCUGUAGGCAGCUAGCCGAGGGGUCGAGACUCAGCAAACGGAUUUGCCUCUUCUCGCUGCUGGUCCGGCAAAGCGGCGCUAGGCUCCCAGCUUCCCAGGAUCGGGACCUAGUAGUACCCAGGAGGAUGGGGGGAGGUAGGGUUGGAACUUGGAUUAAGGUGGGUGCCUGCGAUUCCAAGCUUUGAGACCUAUAGUUAGUUCUUGGGGCCCACUCUGGCUGGCCUUGUAUAUAGGAGAUGCAGCAGAAUGAAACAGAAAGACCUUGGGAGAUUUGAAAAGGUGCUCCCUCCGGUUUUUACUAGGGCCAGGCUAUGUACAGAUUAUUUAAUAGCUUUGUUAAGAAAUAAUGAAAAUAAUUAUAACAUGACUAAAAAACGUUACUUUGUCAUCAGCUCCAUGCAGAGCUCAAGCAUGAAAUGUCUCUGUAAAGCAUCCGCAUUUGCAGCGUGAAAAUAAACAUGGUAACUCCGAGGGUCAUCAGGGGAAGACCCUGCUGA